AUGGCUCUUAGAACUAUCCUCGUCACCGGCGCGACCGGCCAACAAGGCGGCGCCGUAGUCCGCGCCCUCCUCAACCACCGCAACUUCGACUCCUCCUCCCUGAAGAUCCUCGCUCUUACUCGCAACGCCUCCAGCCCUUCGGCCCAGCGCCUCGUCGAUUCUAGCAAGGGGGUCGUCCAGUUGAUCCAGGGCGACUCGACCAACCCCAAGCCCAUCUUCGAUGCCCAUCCCAAGGGCUCCAUCGACUCGCUCUUCGUCGUCACCACGAUGGGCAAGCAGCCAGAGGAGCAGCAGGCAAUCCCGCUCAUCGACACGGCCGUCGAGCACGGCGUCAAGCACGUCAUCUUCUCAUCGGUUGACCGUGGUGGCGACGAGAAGAGCUGGGACAACCCGUGCCCCGAGAUCCCUCAUUUCGUGGCCAAGCAUAACGUCGAGCUGCACAUCCGCAACAAGGCGGAGAAGGACCCGUCCAGAUUUACCUGGACCAUCCUGCGCCCCGUCGCCUUCAUGGACAACUUCAACCCUGGCAUCUUUUGCAAGCUCAUGACGGCCAUGUGGCGCUCCGCCCUCAAGCCCACCACCAAGUUGCAGCUCACGGGCGUCCGCGACAUCGGCCUGUUUGCUGCCGAGGCCUUUUACAACCCGGACGAGUACGCCAGCAAGGCCGUGGGCAUUUCCGGGGAUGAGCUGACCUUGGAGGAGGCCCGCGAGAAGUUUGAGAAGGUUGUUGGCAAGGAGAUGCCCGAGACGUACACCUUCCUGGGUAGCCUGAUGCUCUGGAUGGUCAAGGACAUGGGCGCCAUGUUUGCCUUCUUUGAGAACCAGGGCUAUGGGGUGGAUAUCGCGGCCAAGAAAAAGAUUGUGCCGACGGAGGACUUUGAGACGUGGUUGAAGGAGAGUAGCAAGUGGAAGUAG